AUGAAAAUACCUAACUUGCGUUAUCUAAUGUUUAUCUUCGAGGUCUGCGGUUCAUGGUUCAUUCAAGAUCUCCGCGUUGAGGUCGAAGUGAAUGUAACAACUCAUAGUCUUUUACAUCUUCUAACGCACAUUAAUAUGAAGUUUUCAGAAAGGAAACGUGACGCAAAAGAAAUGUUAGGAUACAAAACAAAUUUUAUGCAUUUUAUCAAUGCUAGCUAG